AUGAGAAGAAAUGCAAUGUCAAAUCAAAACAAUUCAGAAAUUAAAAUAAUUGAAAUAUCUCAGCCACAAUAUUGCAUUCAAAACCAUAACCAGAAUUCUCGUAUUCUCGUGGCAAUGUCAAACUUCUUGGCAACAAUGAACUCGGCUUAUUCACUUUUUGCAGUCUUGACGAAUGUUAAUAAAAAAUGGGAAAUGACCUCGAAUGCUGUUUUGCUGUGUCAUGAUAAAUGUAAUCAAACUAUAAAUGAAUGUUUAACAAGUUUCUGCAUGAACGAAUUUAAACAGAUGGUACAAAAGGUGGAAUGUGUAUCAACAGAAACUAAAUUAAACGCGCCUGACUUGACGUCUGAUGUGGCAAUGCUCUCUGGAGACUUAACUCAAGUGUGUGGUAUUACUUCCAUGUGCAUAAAUUAA